GUGUGCUAGCAGCGGCAGCAACAACAACGUAUUGGCAGCAGAGCUGUUUUUUCUCCUGUUUUAUUUGGAGACAUUGAGCAGGUUUCUAGCUUAAGAGGAGAACAGUGUGAUCUACUCUUUGGGAUCGAACGGCAGUUUUUCAAAUGACUUCAGAUGCUCAACCUUUCCUAUAUGAUAUUGGAAAAAGAACUGAUUAUGUGGGCCUUGGACAUGAAGAGCAAGUGGAGCAUAUCAAGGCAUAUGUUUGCAAACCAUCUUCUGUUACGGACAAAGCUGUGAUUGUGAUUCAUGACAUAUAUGGAUGGCAAUUCCCAGACAUUAGAUACAUAACUGAUCUAGUGGCAGCUGAGGGAUACGUAGCCAUCUGCCCAGACUUUUUUCUGGGAAAAAAACCUUGGACAUCCGCUGAUCACUGGGCUGAGUUUCGUGACUGGUUGAAAGAUCGCGAUCCCACAAAAGUAGAUAAGGAAGCUGAUGUUGUCUUGAGUAUUAAAGGAGCAUGCAGUGCAAAGAAGAUCGGUGUCAUUGGGUUUUCCUGGGGUGGAAUGGCUGUACAUCACUUGAUGCUGAAAAAUCCUGAAUUAAAGACUGGGGUGUCCCUCUACGGAAUAAUCAGGGACUCUGAUGACAGAUAUAAUUUGCUGAACCCGACGUUUUUUAUUUUUGGGGAAAAAGAUCACACCAUUUCAUAUGACCAAAUCAUCUUACUGGAGAAGAAACUGAAACAGUACUGUCAAGUUGAAUAUAGAAUUAAAGUUUAUCCUGGACAAAUUCAUGGCUUUGCAGAGUUAAAGCCAGAUGAUAUGAAACCUCGAGAUAAACCUUACAUUGAAGAAGCAAGAAAGGAUAUGAUGAACUGGCUGAAAACAUAUGUUUAACAGAAAUAUAAAGUCUGGUCUGUAAAACAAAAUAAAGUAAUAUAUUUGGGGGAUUUAAAAGUAGUACUUGAUUGAAUUAUAUUUUACAGAAAAUAUAAAGGUCCUAUUCCUAUAACUUUGAAAAAGAA